AUAGCUGCAAUGAACGGAAGUGGUGUCUUCUACGGACUACGCGAAACAUGCCAAAAGCUGGCGUUAGGGCUAGGUCCCAAGGUUCCCACGGAGCCCUGCAGAGCGGGAGCAUGGCAGACGACCAGCAGAAGGACACGUCUGCCAUGUCCUUUGAGGAGCUGUUGGAGUUGCAGAGCCGAGGGGGACCCAGGGUGUGCAAACAGUUGGCUGGAAGAAGCGCUCCGAAGCAAAGCCCCAGACAACCUGUGUGUGUUGCUGAUAAGCACCGGCCUCUGGAAAUGUCAGCCAAAGUCCGAGUGCCAUUCUUACGCCAGGUUGUUCCCAUCAGUAAAAAGGUAGCCCGGGACCCCCGCUUUGAUGAUCUGUCAGGGGAAUAUAACCCCGAGAUAUUUGACAAGACUUACCAAUUCCUGAACGAUAUCCGAGCCAAGGAGAAAGUGCUUGUGAAAAAGCAGUUGAAGAAGCGCCGAUCAGGGGAGGAGCGUGAGAAGCUGCAGCAGCUGCUUCGGCGAAUGGAACAGCAAGAAAUGGCACAGCAGGAGCGUAAGCAGCUGCAGGAGCAGCGCCUGGCCUUGAAGCAGGAGCGGCGGGCUCUGGCACAGCAGGGCCACCGGCCAUACUUCCUGAGAAAAUCUGAGCAGCGCCAGUUGGCCCUAGCUGAGAAGUUUAAGGAGCUGAAACGCAGCAAGAAGCUGGAGAGUUUCCUGAGCCGAAAGAGGCGUCGAAACGCGGGCAAGGACAGGAAGCAUCUCCCUUUGAGCAAUUAGUACUAAGGACCUGUCCCAGGGAGACCUGGGUCUAUGGGACAAGGCUGGGGUUGGCCAGUUCUGGUUCCUCCCUGGUGAAAGGCAAGCAUCACACUCCCCCUGAACUGAGCUGCCUCAGAGGACUGGUGUGCUGUGCCCCUGGGUGUGCUAGGGCUGUCCAGCCACAGAAGCCCAGCCUUCCGUCAUGUCACAGUGCCUUCUCAGACUCGUUCAUCACGGUCUCAUGUUCUCCUUCCAUUCUUUCCUUAUGACAUGGGGUACACGUUCAUGGCUCCAGGGAAGGGACUUCACAGAAGAGCCACUUUGACAACAUGCUUGUUACUCAUUGUU